AUGCUCGAUGCCACAUGUAAAAGUUCACUGUUCAAGUCGGCACGCCGGAACUACCACAACCACGAAUCACUCUCUGCGCCUGUCACUUUGCCUCCUGGUAUGGCCGUCAACUCAACAACAGAAAAUGAUGCCACUGCCAACACUACCCCCUCUACUACUAAACGGAUCCGCCUUCUUCGACCACUAUACAACACUACCACAAUCACCAUCACAUGCAAACAACACCUCACCAUCAAACAAUACAAACCUGCAGAAACCUCUGACACAUACUCUAUCACAUGCCUACCCCUAUCCGUAUUUGAGUUCUGGAGUCUUCAAUUCGACCAACAACACGCUGAACCAUUCGCCACCCUACGAAACGCAUUUCCUAUGUGUCAUUGCGAUCAUGCUACUGUGCGCCUUUCACAUUACAUACCGCUGCAGAAAUCCCGCCAACGCUCCACCGCCACCGAUGUUACCGCUUUCAACAGUGCCCCCUACAUGUAUACAGCGGAAGACAACUCCGGGCUCCUCAACACUGUCCAUACUAACGUUACAGAAGCAGCCCUACUCAACCAGGACUGCAAGGUACCCUCCAACACCUACUGGCAGUUCUCCUACGACCAAGGUCUCCUUGCCCGUAACAACGUCCAAACACUAUCUGCCAACGAAGUAUACUUUAAACGGUACUACUUCGACUCCCACUUCCGAUUCCACAUCAGAACACAACAACCUGUCUCCAACAGAUACCGAUUCAUGCCUGGAGACUACUAUCGCAAUACAUCACCCUACCCAUACACACCGUUCUGGAAACAGAACGGUCCCUCACAAACAGUCCCUACUGAACCCCUUACUGACUUUACCUCCUCCUACGCAUUUGGCAUUUACAAUCACACCACCAACCCCAUAUUCCUAUUUCUCCCACACAUUGAACCAGUAUCCACAUCCGAAGAUAUUGUUCGGAUGAUGGGACAUGUCCUACUGGAAACACAAUUCACCCUCACACUCAUCGGACCCCAAGACGGAUACAGAAACAUUGCUAGUACACUCAAUGUCUGGACCGCUGCCAACUCUGUUGAACUCGGCAGCGGAUUAUACACCAGUACUGUCCUUCGAUUUCCAACCUUAUUGCAUUAA